CUGGUGACGAUAAAUAGCCGUCCCAUUAUAAGUAUCAAGGGAAUCGAACCAAGGAGCCACAUCUCAAGUGAAGCGCUGCCUGCCUCAAAAAGAAAGGUAGAUUUUGGGCACAAAUUGCUCCCACAUUGCUUAUAAUGGCUUCUACAGAGUGUAAGCACUACCACGAUGAAGAGUACGAUCCUUGCCUUUUAUUUGAAACCUACAUUGGGGCUGAUAAGGAUCCUUCCAAGGAUCAGAUGAUAGAAUAUCCCAUUAAAGUUCUCCAUGAUAUAUUCUCUUCAGGAUCAGUGAAAGGAGAAACUUUAAUCGAACUUAGUGUUAGUUCAUCAUUUAUACAUAUUCUGGUGGCUGCUGAUUACUUUGACAACAUCAUUUCGCUCCAACCCUCCGAAUCUGAUUAUCAAGAGGCACAGAAAUGGUUAAACAAGGAACCAGGAGCCAUAGACCACUCCCACCUUACAGAGUUUUUUUGUGGUCUUAAAGAUGAAUGCUCAGACUGUAAAGAACAUGAAGACAAGACCAGAAGAGCCAUCAAACAGAUCGUAAGAUGGGACAUUACCAAAGAUAACCCACUUGGUGAUGUUGUGUUGCCCCAAGCAGACUGUGUGUACAGUUGCUCCUACUUGGAACCUGUUAGUAAAGAUCAUGAGAUGUAUCUGAAGCUCCUAAAACAAAUCUGCUCCCUUGUGAAGAUAGGAGGUCACCUGAUCCUCAUUUCAGUAUUCAAUAUCUCUUACUUUAUGUUAGGCCAACACAAGUUUUCCACCCUGACGUGUGAUGAAGAGUUUGUGCGAAAGGCUCUGACAAGCAACGGGUUAAUUAUAGAGAGAUCUGGGAAAGAAAAGAACAGAUACAAUUCUGAUUUGUUUGAUUAUGAAUUUUUGGCAUAUUUUGUAUGCCGGAAAGAUAGAGAGGUCUAAAUGCCUGAAUCCCUAAAGACGAAGUUCAUCUUAACAUUGCUAUUAGUUUUUUAGGCUUGGUGAUUAUGGUUUCAUAGUUAUGGAGCCCUUGCUCCUCUCUAUCUGUGUUGCUGUCUAAACAGAACGACUUUGGCUCUUCUCCUUUAUAACUGCUUUUUCUAGCCAUAUUUAUUAUACAGUGCAAUGUAGAGUUGUUUUAAAGCUCAGUGCUUUCUAGUAUUCACCAUUUACCAUGUCUCAAAAUUUUGAAACUGAGAUAUAGCAGGAUACUAGAUUCUAGGGAUGCACCGAAUCCUGGAUUCGGGCCGAAUGCAGCCUUUUUUUGAUGGAUUUGGCCGAAACCGAAUCCUAAUCCUGAUUAGCGUAAAUUAGCAUAUGCUAAUUAGGAUUCAUAAAGGGUUAAAUUUUAUUUAAUUAGGAUUCGGAUUUGGUUUGCGAUUCAGCAGGAUGAACCCAAUAAAGUGGGUUCGGUGUAUCCCUACUAGAUUCAGGGGCACAGUUACUAAAAUUUGUUUUCCUCUGGCCUUCAAAGUUGUAUAAACGCAACAUGGUAUAAAUUCAAAUUAAACUCGAUCAAUGCUGUUUUUAUAAAAUAUCACAAUAAUGCUUGAAUUGUGCGUACGAAUACCGAAUUUUUCGAGUUGAAAGUAUUGUUAAGACUCAAAAAAUUGGAGUUUAAAUGGAUGUUCGUUUCCAUAAAUUCUUUUUAUUUUUCCUAAACAGGAAGUGCUCCAGCAGCCAUUUUAGGAGCAUUGGCGCUCAUUCUUGGAA